UCUCUCGCUUGUUAGCUUUUGUAAUAUAGUUGUAAUUUGCAAACAGUAAAAGUUUUUAUUUACACCUACCUAUUACACUUCGCUACAUUGGUGACCUCGACAACAAACAAGUAUGAACGAAGAAGAAUUACGCAGUCAGUUGGAGGCGUUACGCCAAGAAAACGCUCGUCUUGCGGCACUACAGGCACAGCAAAAUCCAACAGCUUCAGUAAAUCGCGUCGCCGUUAAGUUACCACCUUUUUGGGCCGAAAGACCGAGCUUAUGGUUCUCGCAGGUGGACUCGCAGUUUGCAAUUUCGGGAAUAACAAGUGAGGAAACAAAAUUUAAUUACGUUGUUGCUCAGCUUGAUACGCGUUAUGCAGCUGAAGUAGAGGAUAUUAUUACUAAUCCACCGCCUACUGAACGCUACAAACAUUUGCGCACAAAACUUGUUGAACGGUUGUCCAUCUCAGAAGAACAACGUGUGCGUCAACUCAUUAACGAAGAAGAACUAGGUGACCGUAAGCCAUCACAGUUCUUACGACAUCUCCGUUCCCUUGCCGGUACUACCUUAUUACAGGAUAAUAUUCUACGUCAACUUUGGCUCCGCCGUCUACCAUCACAUGCACAAGCUAUUUUAACAGCACAAUCAGAACUUCCUUUGGAAAAGGUAGCCGAGCUAGCCGACAAAAUUGUUGAAGUACAGCCAGCUCCCUCGCAAUUUGUCCAUGCUGUUGCCACGACAAACGACAAAAAGGAACUCGAUGUCUUCGCUGCCAUUGAAGUGCUCACGAAACAGGUAAGCAAAUUAUGCGCCAAACGCCCACAACAUAUCCGUUCUAGGUCGCGUAGCCGUUCAAACGUAGAACGGACUAAUGGCAAAAGAUGGUGCUGGUAUCAUAGUACUUAUGGAGAAAAAGCCGCUAAGUGUAAGGCUCCCUGCAAGUACCAGGUAAACUGCAACGACAAUCAAAUAACAAAACAACAGUUUUUGAUCGACUCCGGCUCCGACUUAUCUUGUUACCCACGACGGCUACUACGGGAUAGACGACAAGCCACUGAUUACGACCUCAGCGCGGCCAACAACAGUACCAUAAAAACUUUCGGGACGCUCCAUCUCAAUUUGAACUUAGGACUUCGACGCAGUUUCCCAUGGAGGUUUAUUGUCGCCGACGUGAGUAUUCCUAUCAUUGGUUCUGACUUCAUGGCAUAUUACCACUUGCUGCCGGACUGCCGUACCAAACGUCUUAUCGAUGGCGUUACAGGCUUGGCUGUAGGUGGUAAGGUGUCCUCUGUAAGUCAAUGCAGCAUAAAAUCCGUUGCCAACACUUCCCGCCGGAUUACCCGGAGCAAUAAAGCACCAAACGGUUCACCACAUCCUGACGUCACCAGGACAGCCAAUAGCUUGCCGCCCACGCCGCUUAGCUCCAGGUAG